UGCAAGCGGAGUCUGGCUGGAGACGACCUGUUGGAAGAUGAAGCACAGCUGAGACAUAUCCAUGGCAAGCUUGCUACUACCCAGGGUACACAUGUUAUUGUCAACUAUGAACACCGCACUCGCGUAAAAUUGGAACAUGAUAACGAACAUAAAUCAAUCAUCUGUUCGGGGUUCAUUCUCAACGAACCUAUCGUAGACGCGGAGAAGUGGGUCCUCGAGGCAGCUGCACUAGGAAUGCAUCGGCUCAGAAACAAGAAACACUUGUCGUAUAUUACUGUAACAACGCCCGAUGGAGCGCCUGGUACAGAAUUAGUGUGCAAACCGCAAAUGUUUACUCAAGCAUGGUGGCGUCUCGAGAACCACGGAGAAAACGUAUAUGUCAUACGGCAUAGAACCACUGCAAAUCUCUGUUGGAGUCUCGACUGUUCGAAUGAUGGUACACAUGUCUGCUUGACGGAGUUUCGAAAUCAACAUCGCCAAUAUUGGAUGAUCGUGCCCGAAUCAGCGCCGUCUAUCCCUCGUCCAUCCGUUCCAGACACAGCAUCCCUCGCAUUGGAUUCUCAGCAUUCGCAGGAUAGAGACUUCUUUGCUCCGCAUACUCAAUGCUAUGGUUCAGGCCCAGAGAGUGGAGGAGGAGUUCACGACGAUGACUACUUCGCGGCAGGCUCAUAG